ACCUCUUACAUGCAGGUCUCCACUAAAGUGUGUUAACACAAGACAGCUGACACGUCUAUUUAAAAAGCAUGAGAGAAAGAGACUGUUCAAUGGUGUCACACAGCAGCUUUAGUUAAUGCAAAGCCAUGUUCUCUGUUGUAUGAGCUGAUUUUGAUUUGUGUCUGUGCCAUUAGAUCCACUUGUAGCGCUGGCUUGUGGAUUGUCUGCAGCAUUUCUGUUCCUGCUGCUGUUUGGCCUAUCAGUGUGUCUACUGUGGAGGAAGAGACUAACUCAAGCGCUCUACAGGGGACUGAUACCUGCCACCCCCACAAUCUUUAUUUGUUAUUUACCAGUGCUUCAGACAUCACAGAGCAGCAGCUAUGGUUUUCACAGCUCAGGUGAUGUUCCUUUCUUUGUGCCUCCUCGAUUCAAGAGAACACCCCAACUAAACGAGGAGAAAGAGGAAAGAGAGUAUGCUGAGGAAUGGGAACUCCAUCCAGAUCUGCACACCCAGCGAGGCUCUGUAACAGUAGGGAGUUGGUUCCCCCUUGGCAGCAUAAGACCAGACCUGUACCAGCUCCCAGAGGAACCCAGUGAAUGGGCCCUUCCCAAUGGCUCAGCUGUUCGUCUGUGGUUCGCUCUGCGGUACCAGCAGGAGAGAGAGCAGCUGGUGGUGUCUCUGCUCCGUGCCGCAAACCUGCCCGUUCAGUGCCAGGGUAAUGUCACACUGGUAAAACUGCAGCUGUUGCCAUCUGAUGAUCGACGACACCGUCAAGCCAAAGCACGGCGGAAAGGUUGUCAUCCACAGUUCAAUGACACCUUUGUGUUUCAGGUAUCUAAUAGCUGCAUUGACCAGUGCUCUCUGAAAAUGAGCAUGUACACUGUGGACCAUCAGAAGAAGCACCAUCUUGUAGGUCAAGUCAUGAUUCCACUCAGACAUUCUGAACUAAAGGAGACGGCAGGAAAAGUGCAGUGGAGGGAUCUGGACAAUGAAAGUGAUCAACCCCUUUCAAAAAAUGGUGACAUUCAGGUGUCUUUGAACUACAAUCAGUCCCUACACCGCCUCACUGCGGUUGUUCUACGAGCGAGAGGGUUGCAGUGUUGCAGUGAUUCAGGUGUGUGCGCCCAGGUCUCUCUGAAGAUACAUACUCGGGUGGUGAGGAACAAGUGGACCACUGUGGCGAAAGGAAAUAAUCCAUCCUUUAAUGAGAGGCUUACCUUCAGACUCCUCCCCAUGCAGCUAGACACAGCCUGUCUGACCCUACAGCUCCAGCAGGCCAGCACAGAAGAACCUGUGUUGUUGGGCAUUGUGGUCAUUGGGCCAUUCAUGUAUGCGAGGGGCAGAGAGCUGGAACACUGGAACGACAUGGUCAGCAAACCACAGGAGCUGGUCAGGCAAUGGCACCCGCUGGGAUCCGCUGACAAAGUACAGGAACUCCAAUGAACAACAUGCAACAAACUCAAUGCCACCUCCCUCCUCUCUUUGAAAACAAUGAUAGCC